AAUAAUACGAGUGUACAUGUAUAACAGGGUAUCCGCAUAUAAUUGUGCAACACACUACCUUUAUUAUAUAUAUAUAUAUACUAUACAUGUAAAUGCUAAACACAUUAUAUACCUAAUCCCCACUACCAAACACAUUAUACAUAACCCCCACUACAUACCAUACAUGGUUUAACAAUUAAUACUCGAUCGUGUGAAUAUUCAGUCACAGUUUUGAUUUAACAGUGUCAAGUUGUAAAUAUUGCUAUAACAGUGUUAAUAUGGCAGGACCAAUAAGUGAAAUGAAACGGGUAUACAAUUAUGUUGCACCUACAUCUCCACAUGAACUCAUGGAUUGCUCUCAUUUUACAAUCGACUUUGAAAACCGAAUAUUCUUAAACGUAGGAUUCGAUCCAAAAGAUCAGUUCAAUAUCAUUGUUAAAAUAAUCACACCGUCGCGAUACGUAAAUAUUUCAUCAGAGUUCUUGAAGCGAAUUUAUUCAGUCAUGGGCCAUGUUUUGUCACACGUUCUCGAUCCUGUUGUAAAAUAUAAAAAAAUUAUUUUUUUGGAAGAUAAAGUCGCUUUGCUUACAAGUAUGGUAUAUAAAGGAGAGCAUGUGUUGGUUAUAGAGUCAAAAACAACAAACGGAUGUAGAAUCAUAUUAAGUCGUAGAGAUCUUAUGACAAUUCAAGAUUUAGAGUGCGCCAUUUUUGAAACAAUUUCAAGAAAAAACGAUAUCGUAAAACCUAUUAUUUUAAAUCAACUCGAACAAAUAUCCGAAUACAUUAAUACUGAUUUUAAUAUUGAUAAAUCUGUGACACUGGAAGAAGUAAAAACAAUAAUCAAAGGAAUUCAUAUCGAGUUAAUCGCAAAGCAUGUACCGAAGCACAAACAUAGUUUUAUAAGCCAGAUCAAAUUAUUCGCAACUGAACAGCUAGCUAUCAAUUGGAUGACGAAGAAUUUGCCAAAAGCUGUGGGUGAAAAUGAUGAUGAUGAUGAUGAACUGAUUAAAUUUCUUUCCGCCUACCCAGAGGAUGCCUGA